AUGAAGCAGAAGAAGCAAUUAAUCCCCAACCUCAAUAAUCUCCUCUUCAUUCAUCUUCUUUUGAUCUUUGCACUGUUUUUGUAAAAUGGAGGAGACUUUUUGGUUGGUAACUUGUGGAGUGGUAGUAGCAUUUGCAUUAGCAAAACUACUAUUUGGCAAGAAAUCAUCUCUGUCCACAAUGGAAUGGCCAGCAGGUCCAAAGACGUUGCCCAUAAUUGGCAACCUUCAUCAAUUAGGAGGUGAAGCAUUUCAUGUUUGUUUGGCAAACUUGGCCAAAGUAUAUGGAGGUGUUUUUACCAUAUGGGUUGGAAGUUGGCGUCCGUUUAUAGUCAUAAGCGAUGUCGAUAAAGCUUGGGAAGUUCUUGUUAACAAAUCUUCGGAUUAUUCAGCUAGAGACAUGCCUGAUAUUACUAAAAUCAUAUCGGCAAACUGGAAGAAUAUUUCUCAUGGUGAUUCUGGUCCGUUUUGGCAUAAUUUAAGAAAAGGUCUUCAAGGUGUUGCUUUAACCCCUUUUAAUGUUGCGUCUCAAUAUCACCUGCAAGAAAGGGACAUGCAGAAUUUGAUCAAAUCCAUGACAAAAAAGGCGUCCCAGAAAAAUGGGAUUUUGAAACCACUUGAUUAUGUCAAAGAAGAGACUGUUCGGUUACUAAGUCGACUUAUCUUCGGUCAAGAUUUCGUCGAUGAGGAUUUCGUUGUUGGUAUGCAUCAAGCACUGGACGAGUUAGUAAGUAUAAGUGGGUAUGCAAGUUUAGCUGAUGCUUUUAAAUUCUGUGAGAAUCUACCAAGCCAUAAGAAAACUGUCCGAGCAGUUCACGCUAUCAAAAUUCGGUUCGAUAAUUUGAUUCGUCCGCAUAUCGUCUCAAAUCCUCCGACAAACACUUACUUACAUUUUCUUUUAUCUCAAGAUUUUAGUGAAGAUGUUAUAAUCUCUGCCAUUCUUGAAGUUUAUGACUUAGGGGUUGACAGCACUGCAUCCACAACAGUUUGGGCUCUUACGUUCCUUGUCCGCGAACAAAAGAUUCAGGAAAAACUGUACCGCGAGAUCAAUAACGUAACCGGAGGGAAAAAACCGGUGAAAGUUGAAGAUUUGAACAAAUUGCCAUAUUUGCAAGCAGUGAUGAAAGAAACAAUGAGGAUGAAACCAAUAGCACCAAUGGCGAUUCCUCACAAGGCUUCAAAAGAUACUUCCUUAAUGGGUAAAAAGAUCAACAAAGGUGCGGUGGUAAUGGUAAAUCUUUAUGCUAUUCAUCAUAACCCUGCCGUUUUCCCGGAACCGUAUAAGUUCAUGCCCGAGAGAUUCCUAAAGGAUGCUAAUAGUGAUGGAAGUUUGGGUGAUAUAAAGAAAAUGGAAAGUUCAUUGUUAGCAUUCAGUGCCGGUAUGCGAAUCUGUGCUGGAAUGGAGCUUGGUAAGCUACAACUAGCUUUCGGUCUUGCAAGUUUGGUGAAUGAGUUCAAAUGGGAUUGCUUUGCUGAAGGGAAGUUGCCUGAUCUUAGUGAAGAACACUGUUUCAUUCUGUUGAUGAAGAACCCACUUGAAGCCAAAAUUACUCCUCGUAUCCAUUAAUAAUAUAUUUCCCAUCCGACGUUGCUUCAAAAUUUGGAUUGCUGGCGUCAACUUUUAACACAUGUGGGAGGUUGUAGCCCUUCCAAAGGUGUGAUGGCUGGGGUUUAUGCAUGCAUGAUAAGUCGUAAUCUCUUUUGAGUGAGUUGGUUUGAAUAAACAAGGAUAUCAACUACUUUUUGUGCUUUCUUUUUUUAUGUUUAUCGUUUAGGACUUUUGUUUGUGCAUGUAUUUUGUACCCAUCUACUUGCAACUACGGUCAUUUUGUUCCAUGACCCAAAUCAAUGCUGUGACUUUAAGUUUUGUUGGGUCUUUCAUCUGAAAUUCUAUAGAGAAUGAUGUUGCUCCA